AUGUCUGAUCCCCUUGUAAUAGGUAGAGUGAUUGGAGAUGUUGUAGAUUCUUUCCCCCCAACAGUUAAAAUGUCUGUCACUUACAACUCGAACAAGCGUGUGUUCAAUGGUCACGAGUUCUUUCCUUCCGCCGUUACCUCUAAACCUAGGGCUGAGGUCCUUGGAGGUGAUAUGAGAUCACUCUUUACACUGAUUAUGACAGACCCUGAUGUUCCUGGUCCUAGCGAUCCAUACCUUAGGGAACACUUGCACUGGAUAGUUACAAAUAUUCCUGGCACAACAGAUUCCUCGUUUGGAAAAGAAGUGGUGAGCUAUGAAAUGCCAAGGCCAAACAUAGGGAUCCACAGGUUUGUAUUUCUGCUCUUCAAGCAGAAAAAACGGCAGGUAGUGAACCCACCUCUUUCAAGGGAUCGAUUCAGCAGCAGACAAUUUGCAGAAGAAAAUGAACUUGGCCUUCCUGUGGCUGCCGUGUUCUUCAAUUGCCAGAGAGAAACUGCUGCUCGAAGGCGCUGA